GUUGUUCCCUUGUUUAAGAAGAGGAGUCAGUACAACCCUGGUUCUGGUGCUGUCUGCAGACUCUCCCUCUCUGGGUCACAGUGUACUCAUUGUCAGCUCCAGCAGAAUUGUUGAAUAAAGUGAUUGGGAUUGUAAUGAGCCGUCCUGACGGGAUACCAUAUCUGCAAUCUGUGCCUGCUCCUCGAUAUUACUGUUGAUGUGAUUUUUGAUCUUGCAUUGAAUCAACUGGGUGUCUGCAGUGACAUGAAGAUUUAUUUUGUCCUUGUAUUUGCCUUUACACAGCACUAUCUGAGUGAGUCAGAAGAGCAAAUCAACAUGCAUGCUAAAUUAGGGAAUGAUGUUACAUUUCCUGGACCGAAAGUCCAGACAGGACAUACUUCCUUGAAAUGGCUUUACACUAAUGGCAAGAGUACUUUAAUUUUGACGUUUAAUACUGUGAAUGAUCGACGCGUUGGUCAGCCAUCAAACUCGUACAAAAACCGAAUUACGUAUAAUACAGACACUCUGUCCUUCAUGCUGAAGAAUAUAAGGGCAACAGAUGAAGGAACUUACACAUUAAGGGAAGCUGCACAUGGCUCAAUCAUCAAUGUGAAGCUCAUCAUUAACAUUACAGUUGAAAUAAAUGUGGACGAAGGAAGCGAUGUUGAAAUUCCUGGACCAGAAAAUCCUGAGAAAUAUUCUUUCACGAUUUGGACCUUCUCUCGACUCUUGAAUCCAAUAAACAUUGUUGAAUUUUAUGGACCGCCCGAUAUACCCAAAGGUUAUGUCACAUCUGAAUAUAAAGACCGAAUUAUCACAGAUGCAUAUACUCUUUCCUUUGUACUACAACAAGUAAUGAUGACAGACAGUGGGACUUACAAAUUACACAACGUGGAUUCAAGUGGAAUCUUAAAACAUGUGGAGCUCAUGGUGAUCCAACAACAAAAUUCUAAACCAAAUAAGCCUCAGAUAUCGAGCAAUUCCAGCCUGGGAAACACUAUUAUUGCUUUGACCUGUUCAGUGCCAGUGAAAGUCCUGACUAUCGAGUGGCUUGCAUUUGGAAAAGCCAUUCAUGAUGUGCGAUACAGAUUAGUCAAUAAUAACAGGACUUUGAUCAUUGACAUGGCAGAAGAAUCAGAUUCCGGCACUUACACCUGUAUUGUAUACAGUGAACAUGGCAAAACCAGCAGCUUUUACCAGCUGAGAAUCGAGCUUGGGGUGUAUAUUCCUUCCAGUGAUAAUCCUAAAGAGGCACUUUGUGAACUGUAUGGUGCGACUAGUGGCCUGUAGAAUGCACACCCUGAUGGACUGUUUAUUGUUGCUUGAGAUUUCAACCAUGCGACUCUCAAGACUGCUCCCUAAAUUCCAUCAGCAUGUGGAGUUUGCGACGAAAGGGGAGAACAUACUGGAUCUGGUUGACACAAACAUCCCCAAUACAUACAGGGCAGAGCCCAACCCCACCUCGGCUUCUAAUCUCAGCAUACAGACCGCUCAUCAGCCAUGUCAAACCGGUUCUGAAGCAGGUGAAAACCUGGCCAGAAGGAGCCACUUCUGCUCUCCAAGACUGUUUUGAGUGCGCUGACUGGCACGUGUUCAGGGAGGCAGCAACCGAUGGUGAUACAAUCAACUUAGAGGAGUAAACGGUGUCAGUGAUUUGCUACAUUAGCAACUGUUGACGAUGUCACUGUGUCCAAGACCAUCACUUCUCACCCCAACCAGAAGCUGUGGAUGACCAUAAAGGCGUGUGUGCUGCUGAGGACCCGUGAUUCAGCCUUCAGUGCAGAUGACAAGGCGGCCCUAACAACAGCGAGGACAAACCUGAUCGGGUCCAUCAAAGAGGCAAAGCCUGCAUACGCACAGAAAAUACACAGCCACUUUCAGGACAGCAGUGAUAUGCGGAGCAUGUGGAAGAGACCCAAGCCAUCACCAAUCACAGAACUGCAUCGCCUGCUUAUACUGGUGAUGCCUCUCUCCCAGAUGAGUUGAACAACUUCUAAGCACGGUUUGAGUAACAAAAGGCAGCAAGGAAGUCCAGCUCCCCCCCACAAUGACCAGGUGCUGUCUUACCACGGCUGAUGUGAGGAAAACCUAACGCAGAGUCAACCCAUGUAAGGAUGCUGGACCAGAUAAUAUCCCUGGUAGAGUGCUCACGGACAUCUUCAACAUUUCCCUGAGCUAUACCAUAGUUCCAACAUGUUUCAAGGCUGCUACCAUCAUCUAGGAGAAAGUGAGGACUGCAGAUGCUAGAGAUCAGAGCUGAAAAUGUGUUGCUGGA